UGCGCGACAGAGCGCAUGAUCCGCGUUUGAUUUCUCCGGUCCUUAUAUAUUUGGAUGUGGCACUGGAAUGCUCGCAUUCGGAUUCGGGAUUUACAGUCGGGUGUUCGGUCACGCAGCACGUGAAAAAGCCUUCAGGUUUUUCGGUUCGGCGACGGACUCGCUACCCCUCUGCAACAGCACUUACAAGACGAGGCUGAGAAAGGAUACGGCUGCUCCAAGCCGCACGGAGAAGCCAGCGGUAAGACAGCAUUGCAAAAUACAACUCGAGUAAAUGGGUCUUUUUAUAAAUGGCGUUCAAAAGUUCUGAAAGAGAUUUCAGAGAAGAUGGACUUCUAAUGUGAGCCGCGGAAAUACGAUACGUAUUGCGUUUUUUCUUUUUUGAAUUUCUGGACUUGACCCUGCACUGUUGAAUUUCCGCACGCAGUGACUGACUGGUAUUUGUAUAGACUUAGCACAUAGCAAGCUACUUGCACGAUUGCCCUGGAAGAUUACAGACACUUGUACUGUACAUUGGAUGUUAAACCUGCAUUUAUUUUUCCUUGACUGUUCUUACCGGAUCGCCCCUCGAAUUUUUGCGUUGGGAAUAUUGUUGCAUCUCCUUGCAACUGCAUGCGCUCAGGAACAGUGAAAACUGAUGCUUGUUGCUAUGAAUACCUGAUCAAACGGAAUAGACUUCUGGGAGCUGUCUUGUUCCUGAAUGAUACGGACUUUAUACAUUGACAAUCAUUAAUCACCAUCUCUUUCCCCAAACGCAUAUAUCCGACAGCCAAUUGUUCUAAGUGUGACUGAAAAGUGACGAUCAAUCAAGCAUCGUCACUAUAGUGCAGGUUGCGGUCAUAAGGUCCUCGCGACUGGAAUACACCUCUUCGCCUAAAAAAACUGACAAGUGCCCUUUUACACACAGGUCGAAAAAAUCAAAAGGGGGCUACAAAUGUGAAUGACAGUUGAUCACUUCUCGUCGAAGUAGCAGCUUGCUUGAACGCGCAGCGUUUCCCCCCCAGUUCUCACCGAAGAGGAUUACGUAUCGAACUUCAGUGAUGCUGCACGUGGAAAUGAUCAUUCUCGUUUUUCUGAUACUUUGGAUGUGUGUAUUUAGCCAAGAGCCUGGCUCCAAGGUGGUGGCCGACCGCUAUGCCGUCUACUGGAACAGCACCAACCCCAGGUUUCACCGCGGAGACUACCACAUCGACGUGUGCAUCAACGACUACCUGGACGUGUUCUGCCCGCACUACGACGACACGGUGCCGCAGGAGCGCACCGAACGCUACGUCCUGUACAUGGUGAACUACGACGGCUACAGCACCUGCGACCACACCUCCAAGGGCUUCAAGCGCUGGGAGUGCAACCGCCCGCACUCCCCCAACGGGCCGCUCAAGUUCUCCGAGAAGUUCCAGCUCUUCACGCCCUUCUCGCUGGGCUUCGAGUUCCGGCCCGGCCGCGAGUACUACUACAUCUCCUCCACGAUUGCGGAAAACGGGAGAAAAACGUGUCUGAAGCUGAAGGUUUUCGUCCGAACAUCAAACAGCUGUGUGAAAACUAUAGGCGUUCACGAUCGCGUUUUUGACGUUAACGACAAAGUAGACAAUUCAUUAGAACCAAGAGACGACACAAGUCACGAAUCGGCCGAGCCGUCCCGUGGAGACGGGAGCUCCGGGGGCCCCCGGACAGCCUGCCCCCUGCUGGGGCCCCUGCUCCUCUGCCUCGCCGCCCUGCUGGCUUUGUAG